AUCCCCCUCCGCUCUCGUUUCGGCUGCGGCCGCAGCCGCAGGCAUGACACCACUCUACCUCGCGCGCGGGGCUUCCAAGGUGCUAAGAAGGAUCACCGCCGAGACGUCGGUCGAGCUAAAGAUCCUCUCCGAAAAAUGGCAGCUCCUCCUCGCGGGUAUUGUCUUCCAGUACAUCCAUGGGUUGGCAGCGCGAGGGGUCCAUUACUUGCACCGGCCAGGGCCAAUCCUUCAAGAUGUCGGUUUCAUGAUUCUUCCGGAGCUAGGAAAAGAAAGGGGUUACAUCAGUGAGACAUUGUUUACAUUCAUCUUCAUCUCCUUUGCGUUGUGGACAUUUCAUCCUUUCAUCCUUCAAACCAAGCGCUUCUAUACUGUCCUUAUUUGGCGCAGGGUGCUCGCUUUCUUAUGUGCUUCUCAAUUCUUACGCAUAGUGACGUUCUAUUCUACACAACUUCCAGGGCCAAACUAUCAUUGUCGUGAGGGUUCACCUCUUGCCAGACUACCACCUCCUAAAAAUGCAGCUGAGGUGUUUCUCAUUAAUUUCCCAAGAGGUGUCAUUUAUGGAUGUGGUGACUUGAUUUUUUCAUCGCACAUGAUCUUCACUUUGGUCUUCAUCAUAACCUACCAGAAAUAUGGGAGUGUGAGGUUUAUAAAGGGGCUUGCAUGGUGUGUCGCUGUUGCUCAGAGCCUUCUCAUAGUAGCUUCUCGCAAGCACUACAGUGUUGAUGUUGUUGUUGCAUGGUAUACAGUGAAUCUUGUUGUCUUCUUUCUGGACAAAAAACUUCCAGAACUUCCUGAUCGAUCAGCAGGGUCAGCAUCAGUACUACCUAUGAGUGUGAAGGAUAAAGACAGCAAGUUGAAAGAAGAAAACACUAGGCUGCUGAAUCUUAACUCUGUCGAAGCUGCUGAUAGGAGACCGUGGACACAAAUGAAUGGAAAGCACCUUGAGAAUGGGAACCAUCUUGAUACCGAAACAACAAUAGCAUGAACGCGCUUUGCCUAUGGUUUCAGUGCUAGUUCUGAAGGAAACAGUUAGAUGCCUUUCUGGUUCUAGCCUGCAGAAGUUUUGUUCCAACACUAUCUUUCCGUUGUCUCAUCGUAGCAACCCUUCAUUUCUGAUCUCUCUAGUUUUAUCUCUUGACUCCCCAACAUCUAAUUUAGAUUAUUCAUUUAUAAAAAGUGUAUAUAGUUUACAGAUUAUUGAGAUUCUUUGGACAGUGUAAUCGCCUGAAAAUUCUGACCAUGUCCUGCUCUGUACCUGCCUUUUGAAAAUAGCCACACAUGAUUUUUUGAA